AUGAUUCUGGAUAAAGCAUCGCUGUUAUUUAUCAUUUGGUCAGUGAUGAUUCGUGCUGGUCGAGUGGUAACAAGCACUUCUACUAGGCAACAACAGGAUCUGGAAGAGUUCUGGAUUUCCGUUAAUUUGUUAAAUGUUGAGUGGAAGCCAUCUUGCCUCAUAAUCACUUAUUGCAAUAAACCGGAACUAAAAAUGAUUGAGACAAAUCCGCUGAAUGGAGAGAAAAGCUCAUUCAGUUGGCAGUUGGAUCAAAAUUUCGAACAGUUGUCGAAUAGCAUUUUCAUUAGCCAUUGGACGGCAGGAUCCCCUGUGGAUAUUGAAAUGAAUAUCGAAAUUAUUGGUAUUGAUCCGAAAUAUCGGUUUCAACGUAGUUGUGAUCAAACUGUCGUAACGAAGGCUUUUAAGUAUGAAUUACAGGAAGAACAUUUUGGGAAUUUUGGGAAUUCGAGUACAGGAAAUGGUAGUAACCUCGGUCAGAUGAUAGUUGAACUGCGGGGUCGAUGCUUUAAUGCUACUUUAACGGUUCAAAAACACAUCGAACGUUCUCCGUGGUGCACCAGAAUUGAAACGGCUACAAUUGGUGAUAGUAUUAAGCCUUAUGAACAUGACUUUGAAUUUUUUCCGAUCAAGCAGUACAGUUUGGUGAUGCUUAUCUGUGUCGUUACAUCCUGUCUGAUAAUUAUGUGUGCUGUACAGUGUAUUUUGUAUCUAUACAGGAAAUCAGGGAAACUGGCUAAGCAGAAAGCAUCAGUAUUACCUUUCGUCCAGUCAACGAAUUGGAAGAUGAUGGAAAUUAAUGGAAAUGGCCAUUUAAAUCCCAAUACGAUGUGCGAGAAUAAAAGCAAUAAUAGCAGUAACAGGUCUACUUUGAAAAGUGAAUCAUUAAUUAAUUGUGCUCAUGAUCAAAUUUUUGCUAAUUCCGAUACGAUAAUCGAAAGUAACCGGUCAUCACUCAUAAAUGAUAGAACUUACGACAAUGUCGCUCAUUAUAAUGAUGUUUAA